AUGGAAUCUCCCGGAUCUUCCACACUGACACAUUCAUUUGUUAGGUCCCUGACAGGAGGUGACACUAAGGAGGUCAGAAGAUGGAAUAGCGUACCUGCAGCGAAAGCGACGUCGUCGGCAAAUCCCCAGAUUAUCUUUUCGGGAAUUCAACCAACUGGGGUGCCACACCUGGGCAAUUAUCUGGGUGCCCUGAGAGAAUGGGUUCGGCUACAGGAUACUGCUCCGAAGGAUACUCGCAUGUUCUUUUCAAUCGUUGAUUUACACGCAUUAACGGUGCCCCAAGAAGCCCGACAGCUGAAAACCUGGAGAAGAGAGGGAUUUGCAACGUUGCUUGCCGUGGGAUUGGACCCCAGUCGCGCAACUGUAUUCCAUCAAUCUGCUGUGCAUGCCCACACUGAAUUGUUUUGGAUCCUAAGCACGGUAGCAUCCAUGGGAUACUUAUCACGCAUGACCCAAUGGAAGAGCAAACUUGACUUACCAGAAGACAUAAGUUUGGAAGACUCCGCCGCAAGAGCAAAACUACGCCUUGGACUUUUCUCUUAUCCUGUUUUGCAGGCGGCGGACAUUCUCGUCCACAGAGCCACGCAUGUUCCCGUUGGAGAGGACCAGAGGCAGCACCUUGAAUUCUCCAGGUAUACUGCAAAUAGCUUCAACCAUCUGUAUGGCAAUAUCUUUCCGGCCCCUGAAGCAAUUAUAUCACCUGCAAAGCGAGUGAUGUCUCUUAAAGAACCGACCCUUAAGAUGUCUAAGUCUCACACUGACAAACGCUCCCGGAUUCUCCUCACGGACAGCAGUGAGGAUAUUCAUAAAAAGGUUAAAUCCGCACUCACAGAUUCUGAUGCCAGCGUGUCUUAUGAUCCAGUCCAUCGGCCUGGGGUUUCUAAUCUCUUGGAGAUUCUUAGCCACUUUGAUGGACGGUCGUGUGAGGACCUAGCUGCAGAGUAUAAGUCAUCAAGUCUUCAAUCACUCAAGGGCCAUCUCGGAAGCCAAAUAAGCCUCCACCUUCAACCCAUUCGAGAGAGGUACUUGUCACUUAUCGCAGACAAAACAAAUUAUCUGGAUGUUGUAGCAGAGGAGGGCGCUCGAACCGCAUCUGCUAAUGCUGAUGUAACCAUGCGUCGAGUUCGAGAGACUCUGGGGCUGUAA